AUGUUGGCGGCAAGCCCUAAUUCCGGCUUCCACCUUCCUCCCUCGCGCGCGAAGGCGUCAAAUUCCGACAAGCUCAGAAUAUUCUCCCAUUUUUCACCGGCGAAUUGCUCUGGCCCCUUGAAUAAUCUGCACUUUUGGUCCAUUUUGCCGCGCAACUCUUUAAUUCGGGUUUCUCGAGCGAGAAAAAGGAGAAAUGGUAGCCCGCGUGGGAGUAUGAGCUUGUGUAAUCACUUCGCCAUUGGAGCUUGUUUAGCAGCGGAGCCCGGGGUUCAGCACGAAGGGGCGGUUCAACAGUCAUUUGCUCCGCACUCAAUCAAAAUCCCUGUUGGUGAUCGCCAUAUCUUAGUUGAGACUGGUCACAUGGGGAGACAAGCUAGUGGUGCUGUUACUGUUACAGAUGGGGAAACUAUUGUCUAUACGACUGUUUGUUUGGCUGAUGUUCCAAGUGAGCCUUCGGAUUUCUUUCCUCUUUCUGUAAACUAUCAAGAGCGAUUCUCAGCAGCCGGUCGAACGAGCGGUGGGUUUUUCAAGCGAGAAGGAAAGACAAAGGACCAUGAGGUUCUAAUUUGUAGACUUAUAGACAGACCUCUGCGCCCAACUAUGCUUACCGGAUUCUAUCACGAGACACAAGUACUAUCUUUGGUACUGAGUUAUGAUGGUUUACAUCCGCCAGAUUCUUUAGCGGUGACUGCAGCUGGGAUUGCAGUAGCUCUUUCAGAAGUGCCAAAUUCUAAAACUAUUGCGGGUGUUCGAAUUGGCCUUAUUGGUGAUAAGUUUGUUGUGAAUCCGACUACAAAAGAGAUGGAAGGCUCUAAAUUAGACUUGUUGCUAGCGGGGACAGAUAGUGCAAUAUUGAUGAUUGAGGGAUAUUGCGAUUUCCUUUCCGAGGAAAAAUUACUUGAAGCAGUAGAAGUUGGUCAGAAUGCUGUAACAGCUAUAUGCAAAGAAGUGGAAUCCUUGGUGAAGAUGUGUGGAAAACCAAAAAUGAUUGACGCAAUUAAAUUGCCCCCUCCGGAGCUGUAUAAGCAUGUUGAGGAAAUUGCAGGUGAUGAAUUAGUUGAAGCUCUACAAAUUAAGAACAAAAUCCCAAGAAGAAAGGCAUUAUCAUCUUUGGAAGAGAAAGUCUUGAACAUACUUACAGAGGAGGGCUUUGUUAGCAGGAAUGAAGCUGCUGUUUCUACUGAAACUCUACCGGAAACGCUUGAGGAUGAAGAGGACGAGGAGAUUGUAGUUGAUGGUGAAAUUGAUGAUGGUGAUGUUCGCAUCAAGCCAGUCCCAAGGAAGAUCACUCCGUUGCUGUUCUCGGAGGUUGAUGUGAAGCUUGUUUUUAAGGAAGUUUCAUCCAAAUUCCUACGGAGACGUAUUGUGGAGGGAGGAAAAAGAAGCGACGGCAGAACACCUGAGGAAUUACGCUCUAUUAACUCACGUUGUGGUUUACUUCCUCGAGCUCAUGGAAGUGCUCUUUUUACACGUGGUGAAACUCAGUCUUUAGCUGUGGUUACACUUGGCGAUAAUCAAAUGGCACAAAGACUAGACAAUCUUGUUGAUGAAGAUGAGUUCAAAAGGUUCUAUCUUCAGUAUUCUUUUCCUCCGUCUUGUGUUGGAGAAGUUGGACGUGCAGGAGCUCCAUCAAGAAGAGAAAUUGGCCAUGGAAUGCUUGCAGAGAGAGCCCUGGAACCAAUAUUGCCUUCUGACGGUGACUUCCCUUAUACUAUACGAGUUGAGAGUACCAUAACUGAAAGCAAUGGCUCAUCUAGUAUGGCUUCCGUUUGCGGAGGUUGCUUGGCAUUACAAGACGCUGGUGUCCCAGUGAAGAGUUCGAUCGCUGGAAUAGCUAUGGGCAUGGUUUUGGACACUAAGGAAUUUGGUGGCGAUGGGACUCCACUUAUCCUCUCUGAUAUAACAGGGGGUGAAGAUGCUUCGGGCGAUAUGGAUUUCAAGGUUGCUGGAAACAAUGAUGGUAUAACUGCAUUUCAGAUGGACAUAAAGGUUGUUGUAGGAAUUACGCUACCAGUAAUGCGACAAGCUCUCCUGCAAGCAAGAGAGGGUCGAAAGCAUAUUCUUGCUGAGAUGGAAAAAUGCUACCCUCCUCCUUCCAAGAGACUCUCAAAAUACGCUCCAAUUAUUCAUGUUAUGAAGGUGAAAGCCGAUAAAGUUAACCUGAUCAUAGGUUCUGGGGGAAAGAAGGUGAAGAGCAUUAUUGAAGAAACUGGGGUUGACUCUAUUGAAACACAAGAAGAUGGCAUUGUUAAAAUUACAGCUAAAGAUCUGUCUAGCUUGGAGAAAUCCAAAGCUAUCAUCAGCAACCUUACAAUGGUUCCAUCUAUUGGCGAUGUUUACAGGAACCGCGAGAUCAAAUCAGUUGCCCCAUAUGGUGUUUUCGUUGAAAUUUCACCUGGACGUGAGGGACUAUGCCAUAUUAGUGAAUUGAGUGCGAAUUGGCUGGCUAAGCCUGAAGAUGUUUUCAAGGUUGGAGAUCAUGUCGAUGUCAAACUUAUUGAGAUUAAUGAGAAAGGACAACUUCGGCUGAGCCGUCGUGCGUUACUUCCCGAGUCUAACCAAGAGAAGCCGAGCACAAAGACACGUAGUGUUACUGCUAGCCCCACUAAAGAAAGUACAGAUAACCAGAAAGCCAAUAAGAAGAGUAAGCUGAAAAAAAUGUCAUCUGAUCCAAAGAAUGAGUUGGAGGUUGAUAAUACUGAGGCCAAUAGUGGUGAGGUUGAAGUCUCAGUUCCAGCAGAAACUGAGCCUGGGGAAGGCGAUACAGUAGUCAGGAAGAAGUUUGUCAGAAGACUUGUAAGCUCGGAAAAGGAAUCGACCGAAACUAACAAAAUCCAGCCCAAGAAAAAUAUGUCCAGGAAUAAAGAAAAUGCUGUUGUAAAUGGAGAGGCCAAAGUUGGAUAG